CCAGAACAACAGCAAAAAUCCAAGAAAACGCGAAAAUUUAUUCCGACAAAUUUGCAACCGUGGAUAGUCCAAAUUUGACAAUCCUCCAAGGCACAAUCACUUACAAUACUGCUCAGUAUUUCCGACACCUCUUCGCACACGAAAAACUAUCAGCAAAUUCCCCAAUUCUUCAGCGAGCGUUAGAACACUUCCCGUGUAAAGCCUGUUUCCGGUGUCACCCGAUAACCCAAACGCUCAGCCCAGAAUUCCAACAAUUUCUAAAUACUAUCGAACCGUUAGACCCAGUUUACUCACAGCAAACAGUAGACGCGUUCGAAGAAUUUCUGCAAUUCCGAGAAAGUAAAAUUGCAGCCGUUAAACUUUUCAGGAGCAUAGUUUUCCGAGCAACACCAAAACGAGUAGGCCGUAUAGUAACAAAUUUAAGUUCAACGCUUAUUUUUGACAUCCAUCACAACGAAGUAAACGAACAUCCCUCGACCGCAAACCUUACAACUUAUUCAGAAGACGUUGACGAUUAUAUUCAUCGAUUAACGCGCUCAGGAACAAACUCAUCGUCACAACCUACUCUUACGGAAAGAACCAAAAAUUUCGUAGGAUUAUUCUUUAACCAAAAGCCAAGCAGUCUCGGAUCAUAUAGUCCAAAAUCGGAUACGCAGUCAGACAAACGCGCAGAAAGUGAAUACCCCGAAGCCGACCUCGACAAUAACGGAAACAGUUACGAGACAGUCACAACUACACCCCCGCUUACCCCUAGUCACUCUGCAUUAGAAUACAACUUAGCGGAAGUAACUCACAGUGCUCAGCAAUUAUAUACGUCUACAAUAUUAACACAGCAACCAGAACCUUCUACCACAGACAAGAAAAAUAAGGGCAAACAGAAACAAGAAAAACCUGAUAUUUUGGUAGUAGCAGACAUCGACCCCGAACCCGUAACACCAGUAAAGAAAGUUCAAAAACCAAAGGAAGCCAAACCACCCCAAAGUUCGCCAAUUCAAAUAGCAGUACCUAAUCCGAAUCCGCCCAUUAAUAAUUCCCCGCAACAACAGCAAUUAGACGACGACGAAAUGGCACAAACAACCUACCCAGUUUUCGACGGCACUAAUCCGCGUAAGUGGAUUUUUGAUCUAGAGAUAGCUUUUAUCGCCAAUAAUAUUCAGGAUGCAGCGAACGCGAGGAAAAUAGGCCUUGCCGUGAUGAAUUUAGGUCCAGCGAAAAUGUGGUACGUUACCCUUAAUCCUAAGCCUACCACCUGGAUCAGAGCCAAUGGUGUCGACGGUUUUAAGGAGUUAUUCCUAACUAAAUACGCGACGGAAGCAAAUAAAGCCCAAGCAUCCCAACAAGCGCAAGCAAGAAUACGAAGACCAACAGAGAAGGUAAAUGAUUACUUAAGCGCAUUGGAAGAAAUUUGGAUGGAAUGCGGCGACGCUGCAGUUAUCCCAGAAUGGAUGAAAGUGAGCCAGUUCACUAGCGGGUUGUUGCCAGCUAUUAUAUUGCCGGUUAAGCAACAGGCACCGCAGACCAUGGCCAAUGCCGUUCAAGCCGCGACAAACUGCUAUUACGCGUUGCAGUCAACAAUGCAACCAUCCCACAGCGCGGAAGUCAAUAACGCGCUACUAGAGAAAAUUUCAGCAUUGGAAGUCCAACUGGCAGAGUUGAAGAUUUCUCCGGCCAACACGAACAACAAUAAUAAUCGGGGAUUUCAGCAGGGCGGCAGCAGCAACAGGCGAAAUGGGCCCAGAUGUCAUUAUUGCGGAAAUAACGGGCAUAUACAUCGAGAAUGUAGAAUCAAGGCUAGAGAUAUUAGGCAAGGGAGAAAGCUCAACUGGGCAGUACCAAGACAGAACAAUCAAGGACAGGGAAAAGGCCAGCCACGUCACGCUUUUGUGGAGGAAGUGGAGAGUAGGAUUCUAGUCGAUACUGGAUCCUCGGUGACGAUUAUUUCUAGUGAAUAUUUUGACCUUAUCAUUGGAAGAAUGAAGAAAAAACCUAUACUUGAACGUUUGAACUAUCAAAUACAGGGAGUAACAGGACAUAGAGAACGACCUAGAGGAGAAAAGCAGCAACAGCAGAUAUAA